AUGGGUUUAGAAACAAUGCCAGAGUUGGAUUUGAUGAUGACUGAGAAGAAGAAAAAGAAUCCAGAGUCGAUUGGACGAAGCCGGUCGACAAACUCAGUCGAUUUCUCGGCUAAAAUAGACCAGAAUCAUCAUCGGAAACACCGGCGGGUUAAGUCUUCGUUGUCGUUUCUAGAAAUGCCGGAAUGUUUUGAGCUUGAGAAUGAUGAAUUCUUGCUCCUUACGUUCGAAAAUGAUGAGGAAGAACAUAAGGAGAGGGUGAAAUGUGAUGUCAACAAGAAUGAAAGAUUGCAGAGAAGGAAUAAGAUUAGAAACGAUUUGGGUUUAGUUCAUCCACUCAAGGAAAUCAUAUCUGAUAACAACGGAUCGAAUUCAACGAAAGCGAAAAACCGAAAGAGUGGUUUACAGAAGAAUGUUGAUGAAGUAGUGCCAGAGUUGGAAAAUUGGAGUCCCAAUUCUGUUCUUAAUCUCGACGAAUUCCAACUUGACAAUGAUUCUUCUUCCCUCUCAGAAGAAGAAUUGAAGGAGAGGAAUUCAAAUUCGAGAUGGAAACUGUCGACGGAUACUGCAAGUUCAGACUCCACGUCGCAGCAUUUUCCGGUGACCGACAUUUUGGAGUUCAGAACAAAUGGUAGUGUUGAAUUAACAAAGGCGGAAUUCAGUGCUACUGGUAACUGCAAAGAAAUGUGGCAACAAGUAUGCAAGUUGACAGAAGAUGACAUGGAAACAACAAGUUGGCUGCUAAAAAAGCAAGUACAGAGAAUGGAAGAAUGGGUAGAGAUUGCAGCCGAGUUUGGACAAGAAAUUCUCGACCGUCUUCUGCAAGAAGUUGUAACAGAAGUUGGUGAAUUUACAGAUUUUGCAGUGUCUUAGUAGUUAUCAUAUGGAAAUGUAAUA